AUGACUAGACCAUCAAGUUUGAGGUAAGUUCUUUGUGGUUUUUUGAUAGUAAAUUUAGUCUGGAGAUAACAAGGUGUUCGAAAACUAAAAGAACAUCGAUCUUUCGCUUGUUUUCCGGUCUUAAACAAGAGUCUUAAAAUCUUAAAACAACUGCAAUAUCAUUUAUAAAAAGUUAAAUGUAAACUUUCUUUCAGAAGAUUGGCAAUGAUUUGGCUGCUACUCUUUCUGAGUCUCCCAUUCAUCAUCUGUUUUGAGGAAGAGGAUGAUGACAGCAACAUCAAAGCCUUUUUGAAUAUGAAUGGGACGAUUCGUCGGGUUCCCCAUUACGUGGAAGUUCACGGAAUCGAAGGUGUAAAUUAUAAUCUAGACGAGCAUGGGAUGCCCUACAUUUACUGCGAUGUAAGAUUUUUUCAUUUGUUUUUGUUUUUUAGAUCUAGCAAUUGAUGUUCAAGAAGAAAAUAAUAUAAUUUACCAUUUUUAGGCGCUGAAUACAACUUGCAAAGGGUCAGAAGCAGAUUGUACAAAGCCGAAGAAAUGUUACCAAGAGCGACGUUCGCAUCGUCUCGGAUGUAUGGCUGUUUUUGUAUAUAACACCACAGAGAUGUCCUCUUCGGCGAAUAAAACGAUCCCUCAGGAGUCGGCGAUGCUCAAAGGUUGUUGGAGCCAAGACGAAUCGGAGCUGAGGGAGUGCGAGGAACACGAUGAAUGUGUUGCCAGUACCAGGAAGACGGGCGCACAAGGACGAGCCGCGAAAUUCUGUUGUUGUAGGACACAUAAUUGCAACCAGAAUCUCACCUUUUAUUCGGACGUGUUACCGAAGACCCGUAUACACAGUGAGUUUGUUAUCUUUGGUUUUUAUCUUUUGACCUUUAGAUGACCCAAAACUCAUGUUUUUCGACAAUGUCCACUGGUUGAGUCGACUUCUUCUGAGCACUGAUUUCUUCGCGGUCUCCGCAAUUCUUUUGCUGAUCAUCCUCUUCCUUUUCGGCCUUUGCUUUGCUGUUUGGAUCUACAGGAAACAGAAGAGGCGGAAGACGACCAUUAAAUUGGAACCAUACGCUCCCGAGGACAUUCAUAGUGAAGGGACCGUGGAGAUUACAACUGAGGGAACUGCCCUUCUUGGACAUAAAGCCAAUGAUCUGAGACAAUCAACCCUUCAAAAUGUAAGAAAAUUUUUGUUAUGGAUAGAACAAGGCAUUUGGUGGUGAAGUUAUAUUAUACUUGACCUCUGGGUACCUAAAAUCUUUUUAGAUGACCUCUACUGUUUUGAUUUCCUCCGGCCAUUUCUCGGAGCUCUACAGAGCUGAGGUUGCGGACGCUUCGGUAGUGUUGAAGGUUUAUCACAAUGGAGACAGUGACUGUUGGCUAAAUGAACAGGAAGUUUAUUCCAUCAAAGCUGUCCGGAAGCACGAGAAUAUGGCGACGUUCCUAGCUUCAUUCAAACACAAUGCGCAGUACUGGUUUGUCAUCCGGUAUUAUCCGUUGGGAAGUAUCUUUGACUUUUUGGAGGUGAGUUAUUUCCAGUUUGAUUAUUGGUUUUUAGAGUAAUGUGGCGAAUGUGCAAGAAGCUACCAAGAUCUUGUCGACGAUGCUUAAUGGACUGUCCUUUCUGCACGAGGAGUUCUUCUUCGAGGGAGAGCUGAAGCCAACUGUUGUUCAUCGGUAAGCGAGAUAUUCAAAAUUUUAUCAGUUUACAUUAUGGGUAAUAUCUUUAUUUUUUUGUUUUUUAUUUUCUUAUUUUUUUGGUCAGAAAUGCAAAUCGUGACUCUUUGUUUUCUAUGUCGUUUAUUUUCAGUGAUUUCAAAUCAAAGAACGUCCUUCUGAAGGCAGAUUUGACGGCGGUUAUCGGUGAUUUCUCCUUGUCCAUCAAGUGUGAAAACGGUCGAAUGUCGACGGACGAGAAUCAAAGUCAAGUCGGAACUAGACGUUACAUGUCUCCGGAGGUGUUGGAAGGAGCCACCGAGUUCACUGGAUUCGCUUUCCAGCAAAUUGACGUGUACGCGGCUGCCUUGGUCAUUUGGGAAGUGGCUUCAAGAACGGUGGUUCCAGAGCAUCCUGAUGGUAAGUUGGGGGUUUUACAGGAGAUUUAAGAGCACAGGGAAACGCUGAAUUCAAAAAGCGCCAAAGUUUUCGUUUUUUGGGGGGAAAGAUUAGUUUUUUGUGAAGUAUUGGGAAUGGGUCUUAUGGGCAAUAUAAAUUAGGUCUGAGUUUGAUGUUUUUCUUUAAGAGAGGGUUGAAUAAAGCUUAUUUCUAUGCGUACCCGGCCUGAAUAGACUUACUAUUUAUGAGAAACUGCAUCAAUUUUGGUAUUGUCCUCGUUUCAGAGCCCCUUCCCGUCUACUUCUUGCCGUAUGAACUGGAGAUUGGCAAGACCCCAACUCUGGGCACAAUGAGGGAUCUGGUGGUAAUGAAGAAAUGCCGCCCACAAUCCCGCUGUACCCUCUACGAGAACCCGAUUACGUCGAGGAUUCUAAAAACAAUGCAGGACAUGUGGGACAAUGAACCUGACGGUCGAAUCACCUCGAGCUGCGCCCGAGAUCGAAUGGUUCACCUGCACGACGUUGCGCUGGGCCGAUGUCCGAUCGAUGGCCAUAUGAUCGAAGCCGGCCCCACUCCCUGUGGCUCCGUUCAUUCGCUCGAUGGGACAACGAGAACAGAGUCAUCUCUGGGCGUGCCCUCGGGCACGGGGACGACGAUCCCUCUCGAACAACUCAUCCGGAUGGCGGACACUCCAUCCACGUCGACGUCCUCGGUGACUGGCUACAACCCGGUCUAUAAUCCUUGA